AUGUACGACGAAUCAGUGGUUCCCGUAAAAGUGGAGUCCUUCAGUGGAAUGGCUGCUAAAAGCCCAAUCAGCCAUUGCAUCAAGACGGUAUUGCGGAGAGCUUGCGUGGAGAAGCGGCUCACAGUCGGACUCCUGCCAGCCAUCCAAUACUUGUCUAACAACUGUAACGGGGCGCUAUUCUGCGUGACAACCGAAGCGCCACCUGGCGACAGCGCUACUCAUAUGCAGGAAGUCUUGCUGCAAGCUUUCUGCGUUGAGAAUGAGAUUUAUAACAUCAAGGUGGACUCAGAAUUGAAGUUGAAGAAGCUGCUCGGCUGCUCGCACAGGUCGGCGGACUUCAGCUGCAUCCUCGUCCACUACCCUUACACGGACCCGUUUAGCGACAGCCAGGACAUUGACCUCUCCGUCCUUUCGGAGGCCGAGAGAGACCUCAUCCAGUACUGUAACAACAUCUGGGGCCACUCCCAAGUGCCGGUAGUCAAGCUGCCCGAGAAGUCCAACAUGGUCUGGAGGCCGCUCAAUUUAGCAGAGGUGUGUCCGGCACACACUCACUUAUCAGCCUGCUCCUACUUCGGCUAUGUGUACUUGAAUUUGCUGGUCCAACUGUUCGGGGACUCUGAGGACAGGAGAAUACAGCAGAAGCUGCGCCAAGACUCGGAGGAUGAUGAACAGGAGAGGAUCGUGGGGCAAAUAGAGAGUUUCAAAUAUGGGAAGCAGAGGGAAGAGGAGUACGACUUUAUAGUCGUGGGGGCCGGUUCGGCCGGCUGCGUAGUAGCUAACAGGUUGUCGCAAAACAAAAAAUGGAAGGUCCUAUUAUUGGAGGCUGGCCCAGAGGCGCCGGACGUGACUCUGGUGCCAGGUCUGUCGACAGCACUCCUAGGUUCGAAUAUCGACUGGGGCUAUAGUACGGAGCCCGACGGAAAGAGUUGUUUAGCUUUCGGUGGAAGGUGCUCUUGGGCGAGGGGUAAGGUAAUGGGCGGUUCCAGUUCGAUCAAUUCUUUGGCUUAUAUAAGAGGGAACAGAGCCGAUUACGACGGCUGGGCAGCGAUGGGCAACGACGGUUGGAGUUACAAAGACGUACUGCCUUACUUCAAGAAGUCCGAGAGAAACAUGAACGCCGAGGGUCUCGAUAGAAAAUACCACGGCGUUAGGGGCGAGCAGUACGUGUCUCGAUAUCCCUACGUCGAUAAACCGUCGAUCAUGAUGACGGACGCCUUCAACGAAAGGGGACUUCCCCUGAACGAUUAUAACGCCCAGCGCCAAGAAGGGGCGAUGCAGUCGCAAGCCUUUUCCUUAGACGGCGAACGGGUCUCUGCCAACGUCGCCUUCAUCCGCCCCAUAAGGUACAGGCGGAGGAACUUAACGAUCAAGACCAACGCCGAAGCGUUCAAAGUACUCGUGAACGGCCACAAGAGGGCGUACGGUGUGAAGUAUACGAGGGAUAAACUAACAUACACGGCCUUAGCGAAGAAGGAGGUGAUCGUUAGCGGCGGUACGAUAAACUCGCCGAAACUGCUCAUGCUGUCUGGCAUCGGUCCGAAAGAGCAGUUGGAGAGACUGGGCAUAGAAGUUGUACAGGACUUGGCCGUCGGCGAGAAUCUGCACGACCACGUGACUUUCAACGGCAUGGUUAUAUCGCUCGCGAACGACACCGCAACGUUAUUGAACAACGAGGAAGUUGUGAAAGAAGUGAAGAGAUACCACCACGAGGAUAUUAAAGACGGCCCGUUGUCAGCAAACGGGGCUGUAAGCUCGAUAUCGUUCUUCAAGACCCGCCCGGACUUGCCGGCGCCGGAUAUCCAGUACCAGGUGGACAGCGUCAACUGGGAGGAGUACAUAAAAGAGCCCGCGGACUACGACAGUACCAGGAUAUUCCCCACCGGCUUCUACGACGGCCUGAUGCCGAGGACGAUGAACCUGGUGCCGAAGAGCAGGGGACGGCUAUGUCUCAACGCGACCGAUCCGAACGGGCCGCCGCUCCUAUACGCGAACUAUUUCGGCAACGAGGAGGACUUCGUGCCGCUGAUAAAGGGGAUCCGCUAUUUGUUGUCGCUGGAGGAUACGAACGCCUUCAGAAAUAUGGGCGCGCGCUUCGUUAGGAUAAAUUUGCCGGGCUGCGAGCGCCAGGAAUGGGGAACAGACGACUACAUUGUCUGCUUGGCGAGACAUUACACGUCCACCACGUAUCACCCCGUGGGGACGUGUAAGAUGGGCCCCAAAUGGGAUAGGACCGCAGUGGUGGACCCCAGACUAAGGGUGUACGGAAUAUCUGGAUUACGAGUGAUAGACGCUUCGAUUAUGCCCGUCGUAGUUAGGGGCAAUACAAACGCCCCGGCUAUCAUGAUAGGCGAAAGGGGCGCGUCUUGGGUAAUAGACGAUUGGCUUCAUGGUGACCGUCGUGGU